CCCUGCUCUCUGCUGCUCAGAGCUGCGGCCUCCCCAAGCCCCCAGUGAAAGCCCUAGACCACAGCAUUAUUUUCCCUACAGUGUCCCCAGUCAACACGGGCCACUCCUGGGGCUUUAGUAUGUUUGUCGCCCGUUCCCUCCCGGCCUGCCCUUUCCCACCCCUUGCUCCCCCCCUGCCCCUGACCAUCUCCCUUUUCUCUAGCAACUGAGAUGUUAAUGAGGCUUUUCUUUUCCCCCAGAGCUGCGGGGGCGGGGAUCGCUGGGAGGGCAGGAGCAGGACAGGUUGCCAGACUGAGCUGGAAAGAAACCAGUCUAAUCCUAACCACCAAGGCAAAGCAGCUGCCAGGAGGCAGAUCCAGAAGCCUGAGACCAGGGCACAGCAGAGCACAGAUCUCUGCUAGGAGAGAGAAACUCCCACAGGAGGACAACACCAAAGGGAGACCCUCAUUUCCAAGGAAAGCAGAGUCCACAUAGCUCAGUGGAAACAGCAUCAUAGGUCAACAUGCAUCAAGUUGCAGCUGUGAAGGCAGAGAAGGUGCCAGUGGGGGAGAGGCUGAGGAAGUGUAAACAAGAAGCAGAGAAGCAGCAGAAGGUGGAGGAAGUGGCAGAAAAGUUGGAGGAGUGUGAGGACCUCAUUGAGUUCCACAAGUCAUACCAUGAACUCUUCCAGUUCUUCUGUAACAACACAACCAUCCAUGGAGCCAUCCGCUUAGUCUGCUCCAAGAGAAACAAAAUGAAGACAGCCUUCUGGUCUGUGCUCUUCUUCCUCACCUUUGGCCUAAUGUACUGGCAAUUUGGGAUCCUCUACAGGCAGUACUUCAGUUUCCCUGUCAACUUGAACCUUAACCUCAGCUCAGACAGGCUGACCUUCCCUGCUGUCACACUGUGCACCCUCAACCCCUACAGAUACAGUGCUGUCCAGAAGCAGCUGGAUGAACUGGAUCAUAUCACCCAUCAGACACUACUGGACCUGUAUAACUACAAUAUGUCUCUGGUACAAAGCAACUGGGCAGCCCAAUCCACCCGGAAACGUAGCCCAAGGAGCCUGUCCCACCAUGUCCAGCGCCACCCACUGAGGAGACACAAGCGUGAUGAACCAGCCAGCCUGAAGGGGAACAGUCCUCCAGUGGACAAAAAUGACUGGAAAAUUGGCUUCAUCCUGUGCAACGAGACCAAUGAGGAUUGUUUCCACCAGACAUAUUCCUCAGGUGUAGAUGCUGUGCGUGAGUGGUACAGUUUCCACUACAUCAACAUUUUGGCACGGAUACCUAACACAAAGGCCCUGGAUGAGUCCAAUUUUGAGAACUUCAUCUAUGCUUGCCGCUUCAAUGAGGCUACAUGUGACAAGGCGAAUUACACCCAUUUCCAUCAUCCUAUUUAUGGGAACUGCUACACAUUCAAUGAUGGCAAUAGCAGCCUGUGGACAUCAUCCCUGCCUGGGAUCAAUAAUGGCCUCUCUCUGCUAGUGCGCACAGAGCAGAACGACUAUAUCCCACUGCUGUCCACAGUGACGGGAGCCCGGGUGAUGGUCCAUGAGCAGAAUGAACCAGCCUUCAUGGAUGAUGGGGGCUUCAAUGUGCGUCCGGGUAUGGAGACCUCCAUCAGCAUGAGAAAGGAGACGACAAUGCGUCUUGGGGGCAGUUACAGUGACUGCACUGAAGAUGGCAGUGAUGUGCCAGUACAGAACCUGUACCCAUCCCAUUACACUCAGCAGGCCUGCAUUCGUUCCUGUUUCCAGAUCAGUAUGGUAGAGCGCUGUGGCUGUGCAUAUUACUUCUACCCCUUACCCUCUGGAGCGGAGUAUUGUGACUACACUAAGCAUAUAGCAUGGGGUCACUGUUAUUACAAACUCCAAGUUGAAUUCAAAUCCAACGUUCUGGGCUGUUUCAGCAAAUGUCGGAAACCUUGCGAGGUGACCGAGUACCAGCUGUCAGCUGGACACUCCCACUGGCUUUCCACUGUUUCUGAGGAUUGGGUGUCUCACAUGCUGUCCCAACAGAAUAAGUACAAUAUCACAUCCAAGAGGAAUGGAGUGGCCAAAGUGAACAUAUUUUUUGAGGAAUGGAAGUAUAAAACCAAUGGGGAGUCUCCUGCCUUCACGGUGGUGACGCUGCUCUCCCAGCUGGGGAAUCAGUGGAGUCUCUGGUUUGGUUCCUCUGUUCUUUCUGUGGUAGAGCUCGCUGAGCUGAUUUUGGAUUUCAUUGCCAUCACUUUCAUCCUCUCCUUCCGGUGGCUCCGCUCCCGUCAGCUACCGGCCUCUGCUGUGCCACCCCAAGGUGCUCAUGACAACACUGCCUUCCAGCCUGAAUCCUCUGGCCCCAGUGCUCUACCCCGCUCCACUGUCAAGGCUGUGGUAACAACGCUGCCCUCCUACAACAGCCUGGAACUGUGUGGGUGGGACAGGGAUGCCGAGAUUGGACUGGAGUGAGGAUUGUGGUGGGGCAGCGCAGUGAGGUUGAGGAGUUUUCUGUCCCACACCACAGAUUACAUGCUUGGGUCUGAAGACAUGCGGCAGCUUGGAGCAUGGAAUGAUCUCUUGUUUGGUGCUACAGCACUUGCAGCUCAGCUGCAUUUCUAUCAUGCUGGUGCAGAGCUUCCAUCACCUCCAUUAUGGCACUCAGUUGGGAGGCAGGUGACUGCAGUGUUGUUUGGGGGGAGGUGUUAGUUUAUAUUCCCUACUGUUGGUAAACCCUGCAUUCGUCUCCCACAAUACAGCUGACAAUGCCCUUGGCCACAUUUGCUGAGGAGUGACCAAUGAUAGGAAGAAACAGCAUAUGUGGGUGAUAUUGACUGAGCCACCUUCCACAUAUACACACUCGCUUCUCUGCACCCAGGAACAUGGCCAUGCUGGUCUGUAACUGUUUGAGAAUAAAAACUAAUUAAAGAGACUUGGGUGCGUGA